UGGAGGCGUGUUUUCUCAUUUCCAGGCGUGGCGUGCGGACUUCCGUCUUCCUCCACAGACCUCACAUAAAAUGACGGCAACAUUGCGACCCUACCUGAAUGCGGUGCGCGCCACUCUUCAAGCAGCCCUGUGUCUGGAGAACUUCUCCUCUCAGGUGGUGGAGAGACACAACAAGCCUGAGGUGGAAGUUAGGAGCAGCAAAGAGCUUCUGUUGCAGCCUGUGGUCAUAAGCCGCAAUGAGAAGGAGAAGGUCCUGAUUGAGGGGUCCAUAAACUCAGUGAGGGUCAGCAUCGCUGUCAAACAGGCUGAUGAGAUUGAGAAGAUCCUGUGCCAUAAAUUUAUGAGGUUCAUGAUGAUGCGAGCAGAGAACUUCUUCAUCCUUCGGAGGAAACCUGUUGAGGGCUAUGACAUCAGCUUCCUCAUUACCAACUUCCACACAGAACAGAUGUACAAACACAAGCUGGUGGACUUUGUUAUCCAUUUCAUGGAGGAGAUCGACAAGGAGAUCAGCGAGAUGAAGCUGUCAGUCAAUGCUCGGGCCCGAAUUGUCGCAGAGGAAUUCCUUAAGAAUUUCUGAGGAUCCUUGUCUACAUUCCUAAUACCCAUCAGAGAUUGGUGUUGCUUUGGUUCUUGUGGACAAAAACAUUCAAAGUUUUUAAAAUCUCCACAGAGCAAAGGGGAAAGAGUUUAUUAGUUAGCAACCAAGCAAGAAGAUCUACAGGAACAACUGGCCAGUCUUGCAGCACUAUAUGCAGUCCCCUUUGUCUUCUGUUCAAGGUGCUCCUUGUGCCCAUGGAUAUUAACAAUUGUACAUUUAGUCAAGAAUUUAUUACUCUCGUUUUCUGUUGUUAGGAAAAGAAAAGAAAACACACAGUCAAGGCAGGUCCUUAAAAGUAUUACCUGUAAUUAAUAUUGAUGGGCACAGGAAUCUUGUUGUUGGACUGUAGUUUUUUGGUUGUCUUUUAUAUGUUACAAUGAAAAAAAAAAUCAGGAAUGAAUUAAAUGUUAAAGAGAUAAUGAGAGAAAAAAAAUAGAAAAUGGGUGUUUAUAUUUUGGCACUGCUAAACUCCUAUUAUAUCUAUACAAAAAAAACUGCGUAAAACUUCAUGACAGUAAAUUCAAUAAAAAGAUAUUGUGCUUUCUGUA